GAAAGAAAGCGUAGAGGGAGGCUAGAGGAAGGAGCCCUAAUGAAUUCAACGUCGCUGUGUUGGCGCGAAUGCGACCGCUUACAUAGGAAUUAAAAGAUUUUCUUUGCGAUUUAGGUCAGAUUUUGUGACUGGCCGCCACUUCGGCGACGUAUGCAGCUAGCUUCGUUAGCACCUUAUUUAUCAUUGUCACAUUAAUCUGCUCCCCCUUUUUUUUCUUUCCUCUGGCGGUCGGAGUCACGGUACUAAUAAUAACUGAGCGGCACCGGGACAAUAGAGGAGUGUUUGCCUGGAAGAAAACGAUAAGUCACAGCUGUAAAAAAAAAAAAUGGGGAGGAAAUCCAACAAAGCGAAGGAGAAGAAAGCCCGGCGUCUGGAGGAGAGGGCAGCGAUGGACGCUGUGUGUGCAAAGGUGGACGCAGCCAAUAAGCUUGACGAUCCUCUGGCUGCUUUCCCAGCCUUCAAAAAGUACGACAGAAACGGGUUGAACCUGCAGAUAGAGUGCAAGAGAGUGACGUCGCUCAACCCGCUGGCCGUGGAGUGGGCCUUCGAACUCACCAGAGCCAACAUGCAGACGCUAUAUGAGCAGAGCGAGUGGGGAUGGAAGGAGAGGGAAAAGAGGGAGGAGAUGAACGACGAGAGGGCGUGGUACCUGCUGGCCCGCGACGCAGACUCCACCCCCCUGGCCUUCUCCCACUUCCGAUUCGACGUGGAGUGCGGGGAAGAGGUUUUAUAUUGUUACGAGGCGCAGCUGGAGAGCAAAGUGCGGAGGAAAGGGCUCGGAAAGUUCCUCAUCCAGAUACUGCAGCUCAUCGCUAACAGUACGCAGAUGAAGAAGGUGAUGUUGACGGUCUUCAAGCACAACCACGGGGCUUACCAGUUCUUCAGAGAAGCUCUACAAUUCGAGAUCGACGAAACCUCGCCGAGCAUGUCCGGUUGCUGCGGCGACGACUGCUCCUACGAGAUCCUGAGCAGACGGACCAAACACGGCGAGGCGUCCGCCGGCCACACCCACGGUGGCGGCCACUGCGGCGGCUGCUGCCACUGAUGGGCGACGACUUUCGAAAGCUGUGCGUGUGUGUGGAUGAUGGAGCGUUUUUCUGGGGUGGGGGAGUGAACGGCGUCAGAAACGAGCCCCAGGUGGAAGUCCUGAUGCUGAUAGGCUUUUUUCAGGAUUCUGUUUUGUGUGCGUUUGUUUUUAUUCCUGCUGCAAAGACGGAAAGCAGCUCAAGCUUUUCUCUCUCCUCCCAACUUAUUGACCCGCUCCCUCUUUUUUCACCUACUCAUGGUCUCAUUGCCGUUCGUAGAUAUAUUCCCGUCUCUUCAUGUUCUGCAGUGUAACGAGUCGUUUUGAUUCUUUGAUUCUGUGGCUUAAGACCCGAUACUUGUGCUGGUUCAGCCUCUAGUCAGUUGAAAAGCUUUAAAUCAUGUCCUGACUCAAGACAGCAGGUGUGAAACUUGAAUGAGUUGUCCAGUUUGUGUCGACAAGCUGCAGCUUCUUGAUGACGAAUGUUUCUCCCUGCCUUACGGAAACGGUCGCAGGAUUGCUAUAAUCUGCUCAAUCCCCCAUCAUUCCCUGUUUCUAUUUACAUAGAAGCUGCUUUAAUCCUAAUUUUUCUUUAUUUUAUUACCAUUUUUAAUCCAGAAGUUUAGAUUACUUAUUCUUGUCCUCCUCUCUUUUAACGCUUUAUGAUGCUGAAUCGGUUUCCCACGCUCCAGUUUCUCCUUCGCGUUUCCCUGUCCUCUGUGCCUGAAAGUUCUGGAAGAUCCUUUCGACCAUUUCACCUCAUUUUUCAGAGGUCCAGAUAUCAGUGUUAUGAUGCCACAUUUAGAGUUCAGAUCACAACUUUACAUACACUCACCACAGGUGGAAUAACUGUACAGCAGAAAACUGAAAUGGUUGCACAGCUUAAAACCUAAUCCACAGAGAAAAAACACAAAAUCUUACAAAGCAUUUCUUUUUGGUCUAGUUUCUUGUGCAAAUCUCUUUGUACACUUUAAA